AUGAAGUCCAUGAAGGGUCUUGGUAUGAGCAAAGUGCUCGGUAGCAUCAGAAGAAAAGCCAGCAAUGUCUCCAAUCGAGCAUCUGACGGACCCUCCGGAGCUUCACCUUCAGGCACGACACCAGCCGGAACACCCGAGGCUACAGCUCACAACAGCGUGAAAGCAUUUUGCGAGUCUGGAGGAAAGUCCAAGCAAGAUGAAGUUCUCUUUCUCCCUCCUAUCGUCGAUGCCGCCGAAUCCUCCCCAGCCGCUGCCGCCGAAUGCGCGCGCCUGAUCCGCAAGUACCUGUCCAAAGAAUACUUUUCAAAGCCAUCAUGGCAGUACAACGCAAUCAUGCUCUUGCGCAUCUUGACCGACAACCCUGGCGCGACUUUCACGCGGAACCUAGACCAAAAGUUUGUCGAUACUGCGCGUGGACUUCUCAAGGCUGUACGAGACCCCAGCGUGCGGCAGAUUCUCAUGGAAACACUCGAUGAUUUCCAGCACACCAAGGCGUACGACGAAAACUUGACUUUGCUCAUUUCAAUGUGGCAAAAGGAGAAGGAACAAGCUUAUAAGAACUUUGGGGGACCGCAGCAGCCCAUGAUGUCGCCAGGCGGUUUCAACACGCCUCCUCCAAAUCCACACUCGCAGAAUUACUUCGCGAGACACCACACGAAUAAGCGCUUGCCUGACCCUAUUGAGCUGGCCAGCCGACUCGAAGAAGCCCGAACAUCAGCUAAGCUCCUGGAGCAAGUUGUCAUGAAUACGCCUCCCGGCGAGAUUCUCGACAACGAGCUUAUCAAGGAAUUUGCUGAUCGAUGCUCAAGCGCAUCUCGCAGUAUCCAAGGCUACAUGACGUCUGAGAAUCCCACUCCUGAUAACGACACGAUGGAGAAUCUCAUCGACACCAAUGAGCAGCUGCAAACUGCGCUCAAUCAGCACAAGCGAGCUGUCCUGAGCGCCCGAAAACAACUGGGUCUGAACGAACGAUCCGACUCACAGUCGCCCAAUUUGACCCCUCAGAUUCAGCCCCAACAGCAGCCAGAGUCUCAACCUGAGACCAACGGCAACAAUCACUCCUUCAGCAACGGAUCUGGGUCAGGUUCCGGCAAGGGUAAAGAGACGCAUUCUUACCCACCACCUCCAGGUCCUCCACCCCAGAAUGGCGAGGGAAGUUCGAACCGACCCUAUGAAGAGCCCGCCGAGGAUCCCUUUGCAGAUCCUCAGCCAGGUAAUUCUUCGUCGGUCCAACCACCAUCCAACACAGCGACUCAGUACUCCGAACACGAACGCCUUGCGUACGAGCCCUUCCAUCCUGGCUUCAAACCCACGGAAAGCUAUCUGGGCCGACAAGACAGCGCCAUUGGUAAGGUUCACAUGCACGGCGCUGGAGCUUCGACGCCAUCAGCCCAGCCGCCCGCACAACAGCGACUCGACGAAGUCUCCGACGAUGACAUCUACGAUGCGCCAAGUGGACCACCACCCAAGAGCAAGGAGCCUAUAUACCGGUACUAG